AUGGCUCGUUCUCGGCGAUCUCACUCCCUUCGUCGGGACAUGUCAAACCUUUGUGCGUUGUUACUAUCAGCUGUGUUACUACCAAAGGCCGCAGGGGCUCAUGGAAACGUACCUGCGGUCCAGCUCCCCAUCAUCCCGCCACCAGCAUCCUUGGACGAACCGGAGUUGUCCUCCGAACCAUACGAGUUUUCUCUCCGUCAUAUAUUCCACCGAGGGGGAUACCAACACCCAGACCUACACGCCAGACUCGAUGUCAACCCCAACACCCGCCUGUGGGCAGUGUCAGAAGAUGGCACUGAGCGGGAGCCUUUUACAAUCGAGACGCCCUUGAUAGCUUCAUCAUCUCCCAUGACGAUACAACGUCUGGCAGAUCGACGCAUAUCUGUGAUCGAAGGACACAUGUUGGCUGCCCGAUCUUCCGGCAUUGCAACAGCUUCAUCUCCAGCGGACUGGGUUAUGGACACACUCACCGGCCCAAAUAUCACGGACAAACAGACGGUGUUGACAUUUGCACAAAUGACGGCCAAUGAUUACAUCGAGGAGCCCGGCACAGAGGACUGGCAAAACAUUCACGGCCAAUUCAACUACUCCAACAGCUUUGGAUGGCAGAAGGACGGACUUCGAGGACACAUCUAUGCCGACAAAACCAACCGCACCAUUGUGGUUUCCCUGAAAGGCACUUCCCCGGCUCUGUUUGACGGAGCUGGUACCACAACGAAUGAUAAGACCAAUGACAACUUGUUCUUCAGUUGCUGCUGUGGUCAGGGAGGCUCGUAUCUUUGGAGGCAGGUCUGUGACUGCCAGAGCGCCCUGUUUACCGCCAACGUGACUUGCAUCGUGGAGGCGAUGAACGAUGAGAACAAAUAUUACAGGGCCGCCAUCGAUCUCUACUCCAAUGUCACUGCGAUUUACCCCGACGCAAACGUCUGGCUCACUGGACAUUCCCUGGGUGGUGCCAUGGCCAGUCUCCUCGGCUUGACCUUUGGCCUUCCAACAGUGACGUUUGAAGCAGUCCCUGAAGCCUUGCCCGCGGCUCGACUCGGUAUUCCCAGUCCACCAGGCCAUGACCCCCGACUUCCGCAGACACGGCGUUCAACGGGAGCGUACCAUUUUGGCCACACGGCUGAUCCGGUAUACAUGGGGACCUGCAACGGCAUCAACUCCCUUUGCACAUGGGGCGGCUACGCAAUGGAAUCCGCCUGCCACACUGGUCAGAUGUGUACAUAUGACACAGUGGGGGACAAAGGCUGGCGUGUGGGCCUUGGAACGCAUAAGAUCAGGAAUGUCAUCUCGGACGUGAUCAAGGUUUACGACGAUGUGCCACCAUGUGCAGCCGAGGAGGAAUGUUACGACUGUGUCCUGUGGAAGUUUUUCAAGAGCAAUGGCUCUGAAAUCACGACGACAACCACCACAACCACGGCCUCCCCAACACUCACCAGGACAACAACAUGUAAAACUCCGGGUUGGUGGGGCUGUCUUGAUGAGUCGACUACAGCCACUACUACCACGACAAAUGCAAGAAGCACAAGCACUACAACCACCACGUCGACCUGCAAAACGCCUGGCUGGUUUGGCUGCAACGACCCGACGACCACAAGCGCCACUGCAACGUCAACGUCGACAUCCACGUCUUCCUCCACUUCUACGACUUCGUCGUGCAAGACACCCGGUUGGUUCGGCUGCCAUGAUUCUACGACCACCAGUAACAUGGCCACGCCAGCGCCAACUAUCACGACGCUGCCCUCGCCAACGGCUUCGGCCACUUGCACUUGCCAGGAGCCUGGCUGGUUUGGCUGUCGGGACCCCAUCUCCGAACCAACACCCGCCCAUGAGUGA